AUGAAUAUUGAAAUAGAUAAGAAACCUCCACAUCCUGUUUUGGAUAAUUCAAAAAAAAUGAUGCAAAUUAUCGCUAAUCCACUCUAUGAUAAAUUAACAAUAUCACGUGCUGGUCAUAUUCGAAAACAUAAUUCACCUGAAUAUGAUUGCAAAUUCAUACGAUUAAAUAGACGAAAGGAAAAAGCUAUGAUAACAUCUCCCAAAUCAUCGAAUAGUGAAUCAUUGUCAAUCAAUAAUAAUCAAAUACAAUCGAAACUUGUCUCUGAAAAUCGAAAUAGUGUAUCAACUGUUCGUACCGAAAAUGACAGAAAAUCUAAUAUAACUAAUACGACUCGUUAUAUAACUACUCAUCAAGGUUUUGAAAUUCGACGAUAUUCUUCUCAUAAUUGGUUAUCAGUUGAUCUUCUAACUAAAGAUGCAUGUCAAUCUCAAGAUAAAACAUUUCGUGAAAUGCUUGAUAAACAAGAACAAAAUGAAUUUAUACCGCAUAAAAUUUAUACCUUAGAAUAUUAUCGUAAGCGUUAUCAAAAUUUAUUACAAUCAUAUAAACAUGGCAAUUUAACUUAUGAUCAAUGGGCGAAACAAAAUUAUCAAUUACAUUGUUUGAGAACAUUGUAUACACAAGCAUAUAAACGUGAACAACAUUGUCGGAAUUUAUAUGCACAAAAGUUACGUCAACGACAUGCUCAAAGUGUAUUUAAACAAUGGAAAGAAGCAAAAAAUGAAGAAAAUCUUGGAAAUCAUCGUCGAAAUACUGAUCAUAGUCAACAAACAACAGAAAUAAUAUCUGUUUCAUCAAAUCCUUCAAUGUCUCCUCGUAAUAAUACAACAAAUCGUAUAUCAAUGUCAACUAUUGUCGACAAUGAUUCAGAAGUACGAUCAGUUGUGCAGCCUAUGAACUCAUCAAAAUAUAAUCUAAAUACAUUAUAUAUGUUAGAUAAUCAACGAUCAUCUUUACAAGCAAUGCUAAAACGAGUCGUCGGACUUGCUAAACCACUACCACCACCACCACAACCGCAAAAGGCUACUUCAUCGAUAACAAACUUUAGUAGUGAUAGUGGUUUUGAAUCAAAUCUUUAA